CUCACCUGUGGAGCCCUUCGACUAUUCGAACGUCUCUGGGUACUUUGGACCGGGAGCCUUUGGGGCUUGGGUGAUUACUUGUUUGGCUGCAAUCUGUCCGACACCUAAUACGGCUGAUCUGGAAAAAGUCGUACCUCAUUCCCCAUCGGGUUCACAGCUUUACCAGGCUGAAAUAUCCUCGAGAUACUUACCAAGAAAAACCUGUCAGCGGAACAAGAGGUUAUUGCAAAAACGGGCAACCUGGAUUUGUUGAAUUGAAUUCGGGGAAAAUGCAAUGUCUACAGAGAUUUUUGGAGUACACUUUACGAGACGCCAUGGACGAGAGUAGACAACCACCGAACGCCCUGAGACAAUUUAUUGAUGGUAUACAAUUCAAUGGCCGGAACAUUCAUGCUUUACAGAAAGAAUGCCCAGACAAAUUCUUGCUCCAGGCAAAAUGCGCGGAGAUAGUUCUUGAUUCCUUCCCACUGUUUUUCAAACGUGAUUCAUCGCUGUAUCCGGGCUAUGUCCAUUAUGGCAUUUUUGAGGACGAGAACGGCAUAUUCGGUCAAAGCUGUGAUCGGUUGGUGGAGAGUCUGGAAUCGACUUACCCUUGGUUUCAGAUGAGUCGAGCGGACUUUACUCAAUACUUGCUUCGCUUUCGCAACGCGGUACAGUUCUGGUCCUAUCGGACUACCCAGUCCGAGGCUGAGAUGGCGAGAAGAAUGGGUCCCACUAAAUGGGCUGCCAUUAUAUAUCCUGUUGUUGCUUGCUGGGUUUAUAUCCCUAAACGGGUCACGUCAAACAUGGAGACUUGGCGGCCAGAAGAUGAGGCGGCAGCCUGUGUCGCUCAAUUCGCCGUUGGCGUAUCACUGAUUGCUAUCUUGGGAUCCCGGUAUAGAAUCAUUCAGGGUGACCGGAUUUUUCACUCUCGCCGACGAUUCUUGGCUUGGACGGUGAUGUAUAUGCACUGCGGUAUUGUGCUUCUAUUGCGUAUAAGAUACAUGUCACAAGCCCCCUUCCCCUUCGGGGGGAUAGCACUCACUAUAUUUCUGACUGGGGCAAUUUUCUACUGGGCACCACUCGAAAGAGCGAGUCACCUGCUAGCGUUAGCCUUUGAGAGGGUGACUCAUGUGCAGUUACGGCUGUUCCGCACAUCACACCUAAUCUCAUCGGGGUACUGCUCGGAAUGCUUUUACGCAGACUGUCUCAAGGGAUAUCACCGAAGGCUUUGGGCACAUACGGUAUUACUCGGAUCAUUCCCCUCAGAUUGUCAGCCAUUUAUGUUUGUGAUCGGCAUGUUCUACACUUUCUUCUCCUCCUUUGCUUCGCGCUUGGAGACAGAGCGGAUGCAGAGAGCUAUGAUCGUACCAUCAAGAUCAAUUGGAGUACUCGGCUCGGCCUGUUGACUCCCGGCUCAUCUGCCAAUAUCAGCGACUUGGACCAGGCUGCGGCACUAGCAACCGCGUUAGCUCUUGCAUUGGUGGCACCUUUGAGCACUCUGGCAUCCCGUGCACGUGCACAUCAUGUCAAUCGAUGCACUUAUUAGUCCACAGGCUGAGGGUAAAUCUUUUCGAGUUUUCAGUCCAAGGCACGUGUUCUUCAGCUGUCGAUUAUCACGUGCACGUGUCAAUGGUCGGCGAGUUGCACCAACCCGUCUUUACUGGGCUUCUAUUCUUAGCACUUGUGCG